AUGAGUUACAUGUUGAGAAGCGAUGCGAUGUCAAUGUGUGAUGUCUAUCUGCAGCCAGAAGCUGCAUUCGAUAUUGUAUCACGAUUCGGUGAAAUGGGUUGCUUGCAAUUUUUGGACGUUAAUGAAGAUAUCAAGCCAUAUUUACGUAACUAUGCGUCCGAAGUUUGUCGUUGUGCUGAGAUGGAGCGCAGGCUUCAUUACAUGGAGUCUGAGAUGAAAAAGGACAAUAUUAAAAUUCCUGAUCUCGACCAAGACCCUCCAGCAUUGCAACCGCAUGAAAUGUCUCAGUUUGAAAAUGCCUUGGAGAAAUGGGAAGAUGACAUCGUAGGCAUGUCUGAAAAUCAAACGGGUUUAUUGAACAACUAUUUGGAAUUGCGAGAAAUGUUAUACGUAUUAAUUCAAAUAGGUCCUUUACUCGGCGACGCUGAAAUUGCACCGGAUCUGCUUCUGUCGAGAAAAGGAGCUGGUGAAACUGCAAGGAUUGGUGGGCGUCUUGUUGUCAUGUCUGGUGUAGUGCAACGUAACCGAAGCUCUCCCUUCGAGAUUAUGCUUUGGAGAGUAUCUCGGGGUAACAUUUAUUAUAGGCAAGCUAAACAGGAUGCUAUUUUACAAGAUCCGUAUACUGGCAAGGAUAUACGAAAAGUGGCAUUUUUAGCAAUUUGCCAAGGAGAGCAACUUAGUACACGAAUGAAAAAGGUGUGCACCGGAUUCCGAGUCAACGUUUAUCCUUGUCCGGAAACAAAAGCUGAAAGACAGGAGAUGAUAAAUACACUUUACUCCAGGAUUAGUGAUUUAGAACAAGUUAUAAAAAAGACAAAGUAUCACCGCUGUAAGGCACUCAGAACGGUGGGCAAACAAUGGAGUACGUGGAUGAUGCAAGUCAAAAAGGCUAAAGCCAUAUACCAUACAAUGAAUUUAUUCACACUCGACAUAACUAAGAACUGUCUUAUAGGUCAAUGUUGGGUUCCUGAUAUGGAUUUGAUAAAAGUCAAUGAUGUGAUGGAACGAUGUUCGGCCAAAAUUGGUACAAAUAUACCCUCAUUUAUGUCUAAAACUGAUACUACCGCCAUGCCUCCGACGUACCAUCGUACCAAUAAAUUUACUAGUGGAUUUCAAGCGUUGAUUAAUGCUUAUGGUGACUCUUCGUACAGGGAAUUAAAUCCAGGCCUUUACUCAAUUAUAACUUUUCCAUUUUUAUUUUCAAUAAUGUUUGGCGAUCUGGGACAUGGAUUGAUUUUAACUAUUUUUAGUGCCUGGAUGGUAAAAAAUGAAAAGAAAUUUAUGGGUAAACCAUCGAACAAUGAAAUUUGGAAUAUAUUUUUUGGAGGGCGCUACGUUAUCCUCUUGAUGGGUUUAUUUUCGAUGUACUGCGGUUUUCUGUAUAACGAUAUAUUUGCCAAACCAAUAUAUUUAGCGAAGUCAUACUGGAAAAAUACGUACAGUGUCACAGAAAUCAUGAAUCAAAAAUUUCUUGAACUAAAUCCUUCUUUGGAAACAAACAGACCUUAUGUUUUAGGCGUGGAUCCUAUUUGGGAGUUCGCUACCAACAAGAUUAUGACUCAGAAUUCCAUGAAAAUGAAACUUUCUAUAAUUAUUGGUAUAAUACACAUGAUAUUUGGACUAUCUUUGAGUUUGUUAAAUCAUAUUUAUUUUCGUCGCACACACGCUAUUUUCCUUCAAUUUAUUCCACAAAUAUUGUUUUUAUGCUGCCUAUUUCUGUGGUUGGUUAUUUUAAUUUACAUGAAAUGGUUUAUGUUUAGCAGUAAAACUGCUAACAUCAAAAGAAGUUCCGGCUGUGCUCCCCUUAUCUUAAUUAUCUUCAUCGACAUGAUGUUGCUUUCCACUUCUAAGCCUGUUGGAAGCGACUGCGAUGCAUAUAUGUUUCCGGGCCAACAGACCGUGCAGAAGGCACUUCUGUUUAUUGCCCUUCUCUGUGUGCCUAUCUUGUUUUUUGGGACUCCUUUAUACGUGUACACAAUUAAUAAAAAGGAGAAGGAUAAAGCAAUGGCUAAAAUAAGUCAGUUUAGGAGGUAUCAACGAAGAGAUUCCGAUAAAAAGGCAGAGGAUUUAUUGCUGGCCGAAGUUGCUAAAUAUUCCAUUUCUUUCGGGGAAUUAAUGAUCCAUCAGGCGAUACGUAGUAUUGAGUUUGUUCUAAGCACUGUAUCACACACUGCGUCAUAUCUACGUCUGUGGGCGUUAUCGUUAGCACAUCAACAGCUGUCAGAAAUGUUAUGGCAUAUGAUAAUGUCAAAAUUAGCGCUUAAGGAUCGAACUCCAUUUGGUCCUUUGAAGAUAUUUGUCGUGUUUUCAAUUUGGGCCAUUUUCACGGUUUCUAUACUGGUUGUGAUGGAAGGACUGUCAGCUUUUCUUCAUACAUUGCGUCUACAUUGGGUGGAAUUUAUGAGCAAAUUCUAUGAUGGCGAUGGUUAUCCUUUUCAACCUUUAACGUUCAAAGAUUUAUGGGUCGGCGGUGAUAAGGAUCAAGAACCAAUGUGCAAGAAGAGAAAAAGACUUGAUAUGUAA